GUUCUUAUACGACCCAUUAAAAGAUCAAAUAUCUAGUUGAUGUUGUUGAAUAACAUAUCGGAAUGGAAAAAUUACAUUUCAUUUCAGUAUUGAAAAAGAUUAUGGCAAUGGCGGGGAGUAAAAAAGCUUCGUCAAAAUUAAUAUCUGUCGACUCCAACGAAGGAUUGAUACCUGUAAAUGAGAAAAGAAUCACAACCGAGGCAGAUAAAGCCUCCCUGGAAAACAUCAAUACAAUGUCGGAUUCCAAUUACGACUCUUCCUGUCUUUCAUUUUCUGCUGCGGAUUCGAGAAAUAUUCCAGUUGAAAAAUCUCGCCCAUGUUCUGGGUCAUCCAUAUUAAAGCGGUCCUCCAGACCUUCGUCUGGUCACUCGGUUAAGUUUGUGGAAAGUGAAACAAUCAUCCCGAUUCAGACCAACUCAAAUACUUCACCAUCUGCGAAAAGCUCUGAAUUCAAAAAGACAACAUUAGAGACUAUCACACAACAAGAACCAUUAACGUUACCAAACGAAUCAAUGAACGACACAGUACACAAAAACGAUAGUUUGCUUAUAAUUGACACACAAGACCCGCAAUCAAAAUUUUAUAUUAAAGGAGAAAAACAGUUAAUGUCUUCAAAAAUCACUCAAUUACCCGAAAAAAUUCAUGACGUCGAUGUCAAACAAGAUGAAGAUACAGAAGCUUUAGAUAGCAAACUAAAUAGCACUCCAGUUCAUUCCACAGAAAAUUGCAAAAUCCAACUCCCAAGUGGAGAAAACAGAGGCACUAAAAACAGUACUUUGUUUGGACAUCACGAGAACUUUGUAAAGUCAGACAACUCAACCGAGACAAAACUGGCAGAGGAAGAAAUUCAAGAUGAUUUCAACAAAAUCAAGAGAUGCCAAGAAGACGGUAACAAUUUGCCGAGUUCAUCAAAUCAAGCAACAUACUCCGAUUCAAAAACUAUCAGGGACGUUCCUUACCGCCGCAAAAGGACAGUUUUUAACGCUGAACACUCGCCAUCCGAUGGUGAUAUAGCACGAGAAGGCUUCUAUAAAGCAACCGAAAAUGAAAUUGAGAGAAGGCAUAUCAGGCACAACUCAUUGAAGCAAAAGAUGCUCUAUGAAAAUGAAUCAGAAGAGAAUGUUACAAAUGUUGAUUUUCACGAUAACGAGAAGAUAGAACAUGAAAUCAAUCAGAUAAAAACAAACUCCCAGAAGAUACCCACUCAAAGAAAGAAAAGAUUAUACGAAUUGUUUGAAGAGCUUAAAAGAGUUCGUGAUGCAAUUGCCCAUAUGUAUUCUCUUGAGGAAUCAGAAAAAGAUCUUGAUAUUGAAGAAAAGAAUGACGAGGACACAAAUUGUUCAAGUGUACAAGAUGACGAUAACAAUGAAAUAAAAGAUCCAGAGAUGGAAGAGACCACCUGUAUUGAAGAUAAGAUUGCAGCUGACGUUGUUGAUUUAAACGCAGGAAACUUGUGCAGUGAGGAGGUUGACACUAUUGAAUACAAUAAAAAUGAUAAAAAUGAAAGGGAAGAGACUACAGCUGUUGCAGAAAAGUUUCAACUUGAAAAUGUUGAUACAAGUGCUGGGGACGUAUGCGGUGAAGAUAUCAACAAUGUUGAAUGCAGUAAAAAUGAAGAUUUAGUCGUUUCAGCUAAAUUAUCUGAAUCAACUGAUGCCAAUACACACAUUCUGCUUGAUCCAUCUGUAGUGAAAAACAAUGAUUUGAUAGAAAGUGAAAGCACAAACAGAAUAACAAAAGAACGAGAACAAAAAACACCUGAAAGUAGAAAUGAACCUAAUCUAAUCAUUCAUAAAAAUGAAAAUAGCGAGAGUUCUUCAGAAGCGGAUUGUAAAAUUGAAAAUAACGAUAUGUCUGUUAACAAAGCUGGAAAUCUUGAUCUUGAUAUUGAUCAAGAAACCACUAUGAUAGACCCAACAAUGUGCAAUAAAAGCAAGUCGAUGGAAAAUAAAGAGGAUGAACAAUACAGAAUGCCUAUUUUGUGUGAAAAGAUGCACCAGAAGAAACGAAAUGGGUCACUACCAUUGGGAGCAAUAUCAACAAGUGGAGCUGACAGUGACGUUUCAAACACAAGAAAUACCAAUGAAAACAUUGAAGAUCCCGAAAAGGGUAAUGCAUGCUCAUAUUCCAAUUUGUCUCCCAAAGAGGAGACGAAAAAUAAUUGUGAAACCAAGGAGAAAUCUGAUUUUCAUGAAGAUUGCUUGGACAAACGAAUACCUAAUUCAAAUAAGACAUCUCAUAUCAAUGCGAGGGAUAAUGACAAGACGCUAUCAUUAGCACUGGUUGAUGAAAAUGACCUUGAUAGGGAGAUUGAUAUCGACUUCAUACUAUCAGAAAGUACGAAAGAAGGAACCAUUUCCAAAAGUUUGAAAGAAAACGAAGCUAUGAAAGACAGGUUUUGUGAUUCAGCAUUAUUGAUGUCUCCUACAAAAGAAAGGGAUGAUGAUUUUUUGGAUUGUGAUGAAGAUCUAUCUGAUAACGACGAUAGUUUACCAGAUACACCAAAAGUUAUGUAUGGAAAACAGCAUAAGGAAGCAGCGAAUGUUGCAAACAAAAUCAUAAAGGACAUCUUGUGUGGUAUCAGUGAUAUGCAAGAGAGUAGACAAUUUAGAAAGGAAUUUAAAUCUAUAGCAGCGGAACAGGAAGAAAUGUCAUGUAUAGUGUUCUGCGACCCAGACGACUCGUACAAUGUUAAUGUAAUAAGGGAUAUAAACUGUUCCAAUAUUGACCCACUGAUCGUACCUUCAGUCGUCGGAGAAUUUGAGCUAUUAGUCAGUAGCAUCACCCAGUUAUCUAGCUCGGUGACAUCAGAAUGCAAGAAUGUAAAAUUGAAAGUUCGUCUACCCUACAUGAAAUCAGAAAUGAAAUAUUUUCACUGCCCAGUUUUACGCUGGCUUAGUCCGUCACGUCAUUGGAUUGAUAUCCCUUCUGUUGAUUACAUUUAUGAAGACGAAGAAGGAUGCAUUUUGCCUAUAUUGGAGGCUGAAAUAAAACAGCUUGGGGUAUUUGCCAUUGUAGCAGCAGCAAUUAAGGAACGUUUUGUGUUCAGCUAUGACGUGCAUGAGGUAUCUUCCGCUGUCGAUAGAGAAACGGUGCUCGCAGGAUCUUAUUGUCCAAGAUUUUAUACAACAGAAACACAAGCUGAAUUGAUGGUGAUACCAAUAGAAAGAUCAGUGAUUGAUGAUUCCAAGGCUUCUGACAUUGAGGAUUCAUCACUUUUGGUUGCGUCCAGUGCGUUGGUGAUUGUGGACCUUCUAAAUGAUCCCCCACAGCCCCUCACUCUCUAUAUUCUCUGUAGUAAACCGAAAUCAAGACCAUGGACAGCGUCUAUGACAUCCCGGAUAGGGACUGCAGAAUCUGGUUAUCUCUCUGGAUCAAGGAUUGUUUCCAGAGCCAAGUCAAGAGAAAACAUCAAACAUUUCUUGGAGUGUUGGUAUGAUUCUGACAACUACAUUGUAAGGAUAACUGAUGGAUGUUUGGGUGUCAAAAGCACACUCAUUCAGAAGAAAGACCUUACAAAAGACGACAAGGUUCGCGUUACUUUACACGAAAAACACAACAAGUAUUUGAUUGUCGAGAUGAGGAAAGAAGCAAGGCGUCCUGAUGUCAAUGCAGUAGUUGUCAACCUUCUCAAGACGCUGAGGGAACAUAGAGUUUAUAUAUGUGUAGCACAGCGGCGGGACAAUCCCAGCUACAUCAAAGUACUAUGUGAUCUCAAAAGCAAAGUCACAACAAGGAUGAUACAUCGUUUAGAGAGGGAUCAUUACAUCAAACGCACACUCAUUCUCGCUUCAGAAGGUGACGUAAUUAGCUUGAAUUUGCGCGGGAACAUAAAAACUGUACCCAACAGAAAACGAUUUUUUCGUCUGUAUGCCAUAAAUGGCUUUGUCAUGGAUUUUGAAAUUCAAGUUGUUGAUCAGUAUAGCCAACGAUCUUUACAGAAGUACUGUGGGUUUCUUCAAAUAUCUAUUUGUACGAGUAAAAGUUUCGAAGGUGAGCCAAUCUCUGGUUAUGAAGAACAGGUGAAAUGGAAACUAUUAACCGAGAUCCCCGUUACACUUCCAAAAGACAGCUCAUUGUACGACUAUGAUAAAGUAUUCAGAACAAGAUUAUGUCUGAAGUACAAAGGUCCGAUUACGAUAGAAUUUCUCCGAUCAUUUGCGAGGCUGAUUGGCAAAGAGUGGUACACUCUUGCUCGAGGUCUUCGACUAGAGCAUGUAAGAAUUCAAUCUAUUGUACAACAAAACAAGAGGAGUUCACUUGAAAGUCUCGUGUAUGACUUGCUUCUGACGUGGCUGAAAAGAUCAUACCAUUCAACCGAUAAGGCGGUCAUGUUGGCAAGCGCUUUAAGAAGAAGCGGAAGAUUCGACCUCGCACAAGAAAUAAACGAUUUGGACCGGACGUACAAAAAAGAUUAUUAUAAAGUCAUCAACGAUCAACGAUUGGAUAAAGCUAUUUACCUCACAAGCAGAAGUCACGCAGUCUUACGAUCAUGGAGGUAUUUGGGAUCCUUUCUCCAGUUUAGUCAAGAGGAGAUGAAUGAAAUAGAAAACACCGAGUCAAACGAAAUUCAGAAAUGUGAGAGACUGCUCAGACUAUGGAGAAGCAGGGAAAAACCUUACGGACCCCAGGCAUUAACGUCUAUUCUACGGAAAGCUGGUUUCUUGUACAUCGCAGACCACAUUGCCGUCGUUACCAGAUGGAGACCGAAAACCAGUAUAUAAAUGUUAGAAAGUCAAUUUGAUGUGAAAUUUUUUUUAUUGAUAAUUCUCUGCAUUUAUACGAACUAGUUAAACAAAUGCAAAACUUUUUUUUUGGAAAAUAUUCACUUAUUUUCUAUAUUCUGAAAAUGAUUUAAGAAAAUUAAUAGCGUACAACAUCUUUAUUUAUCAAUACAAAUGUUCACUUGCAAGAACCAUGAAAAUUAAAUUUUAGUAUCAAAUAUGAAUCCUUAUAUUUUUCUUGACAUUUGCCAUCAGUCUUUAAUAGGUAAUGGGCCAUCUUUUGUACUUGUACAUGCUUUUAAAAAUGAUGGAAAAUCACGUCAUCCUGUUUAUUUACAUCAUUACUAAGCUCUAGUUCAUAAUAGACCAAUGAUUAUUUAUUUACAUUACCUUGAAAACCACUACGACAAGGAACGU